CCAGCCAAUGGCGUGCGCGCUGGUCACAUGGUGCUGGUGGAGGCUCAGGGAAGAGAAGUUGAGUCCGGGCGAGCUCGGGCAGCGCCGCCAGAGCCGAGCGAGCCGCGGGCGAGCGCCGCGCCUCCUCCGCAGGGAGCCCGCCGGCCGGGGCUCUGCCUGGACCAUGCCGAUCCUCCUCUUCCUCAUAGACACGUCCGCCUCCAUGAACCAGCGGGCGUACCUGGGCACCAGCUACCUGGACAUCGCCAAGGGCGCCGUGGAGAUCUUCAUGAAGCUGCGGGCCCGGGACCCGGCCAGCCGCGGCGACAGGUACAUGCUGGUUACGUUCGACGAGCCGCCCUACUGCAUUAAGGCUGGAUGGAAGGAAAACCACGCAACAUUCAUGAAUGAACUGAAAAACCUUCAGGCUUCAGGACUAACAACACUUGGUCAGGCACUCAGGUCAUCGUUUGACUUGUUAAAUCUCAAUAGAUUAGUGUCUGGAAUAGACAACUAUGGACAGGGAAGGAAUCCGUUCUUUUUGGAGCCAUCUAUUUUGAUUACCAUAACAGAUGGAAACAAACUGACAAAUACAGCUGGAGUCCAAGAGGAGCUUCAUCUUCCAUUGAAUUCUCCUUUGCCUGGAAGUGAACUAACCAAAGAACCAUUCCGUUGGGAUCAAAGGCUGUUUGCUCUGGUACUGCGUUUGCCAGGAGCUGCAUCUGCAGAGCCAGAGCAGCUUGGGAGUGUGCCUACUGAUGAAUCUGCUAUCACACAGAUGUGUGAGGUUACAGGAGGUCGUUCGUACUGCGUUCGGACACAAAGAAUGUUGAAUCAGUGUUUAGAAUCUUUAGUUCAAAAAGUCCAAAGUGGAGUUGUUAUUAACUUUGAGAAGUCAGGACCAGACCCAGCUCCUAUUGGAGAAGAUGGACUUGUUGAUUCAUCCAGGCCCAUCAAUUCAUUUGCUUCUCAGCCGUGGCAUAGUUGUCAUAAACUCAUUUAUGUACGGCCUAACCCUAAAACGGGUGUUCCUGUGGGACAUUGGCCAAUCCCAGAAUCUUUUUGGCCUGAUCAGAAUUCACCAACACUGCCUCCACGCACAGCUCACCCUGUGGUGAGGUUCUCCUGUGUGGAUUGUGAGCCCAUGGUCAUAGACAAACUUCCUUUUGACAAGUAUGAGCUUGAGCCUUCACCCCUCACCCAGUACAUCUUGGAACGAAAGUCUCCCCAUACCUGCUGGCAGGUAUUUGUGAGUAGCAGUGGAAAAUACAGCGAACUCGGCCACCCGUUUGGGUAUUUAAAAGCAAGCACUACUUUAACCUGUGUAAACCUCUUUGUGAUGCCUUACAACUACCCUGUUUUACUUCCAUUGUUAGCAGAGGAGGAGAGCUACCUGCUUCCAGUGCAUGUUUGAUGCUGUUCACCUCCUAGACACGUAGCCUCUUCCUUAACCUGGAGUAAGCUUCAACCUCCAUUCUUUUCCCUCAUUUAGGGUGUGGUGUAUCCAGGUUUUGCAGUUGCUCUUGUAGCAGCUUAUUUUUUACUGGAAGAUGAGAUGCAGUGUUUGUCACGGGUGUUGGGAAGAGGGAAUUCCCUAAUGCAGUUUAGAGCAGUAAGAAGGAAUUGAGCAGUGAAACAGUCUGCAUUUCUUUCAUGCCCAAAGGACCAGGUUUUGAUUUUGUUUUUUACUCCUACAAUGAAAUUAUUUUCUAAGGAAAGAUAAUAUGAAAAGGUGCUAUGUGAGUAACUGGCAUAAAGGAGUUUCCAGAGUGCCACUAACCCUUUCAGUUGCAGAUGCUGUUAAGGCUUUUUUGUUCUAGUCUUGUGGGUGAUACAGAAGAACAGUGACCAAGAGAAUUCAGUCUUACUGUCUUACACAGGAUUUUUCAAUUCAUUUCUAGGAAAAAAAAAAAGAUCAGGACACAACUCAGGAAUGCUUUUUUGUAAUCCUGGUCAUAACCAAAAAACUUGUGCUUGCUGAUUAUGUGUCUUUUAUAGUUAUCUAUGUAGCCUGGUAAUUGUCCCAAAAUGUGCAAGAAGGAUGAGAGCUUCGAUGACUUUGUGAUUCCUGAAAUACUGCAGAAGAUCCACUAGCUGAAAAGCCAUCACUGAUCCUAAGUUAACGUCCCUGUUCAUUUUGAUGUUGACAUUUGCAGUUCUGCUGUGUCUUCCCUGGCAGCUCUUGUCUUCCCCCUGUCUUUUUUUUCAGGGGUGUAAAGCUCUUCCUUCUCUUUUAAGAAAGGCACUUUUCAGUGUGUGUAGUGCUAUUCUGCAGUUUACUCACCUGGUAAUCAAUUUCUUAUAUUUUUGAAGGCUCUUCAAAGGAAAAUGCGGAGUUUCCAUAUCACCUGAAUUGUAAAGUAGAUGUUUUCUUGAGGGCAUGAAUCCCAUGCAUUCCAUAUUGUUCAUACAAACACACACAGUGUUACCUUCAGAUCUCCUUCCAGGACUUUGCUUAUCCUUGGUCUCUAAGGCAUGGUAGAAUUAAGUUCUGUGGAAUAUACCUUCAACAAAAAAGUAGAUCUGGACCCUUUUAUACUUAGCAGUACAGAAAAUGAGUGAGAUGAUAAGCAGCAUGCCUGGUUAUUAUUUAUAGAUGCUUUUAUGCUCUGUAGGUAGGUAGGAACACUCCUCCUAUGUCUGCCUUCAUAAAUACUAGUAGUGGCUACUGAUAGUUCAGCAGAGGACUGAUAUGAGUGUGUAAAACCAAUUUUGCAUUACUCUCACCCAGAUUUAAAAGGAUGUGAGAACUCCCAAGAGCAGGAGAAAUCUGCUCUAUUCAGCCACUACCUCCCAUAUUGAUCAUUGUGGUUCUAGUGGCUCCUGCCCUAUUGGUAGAAUAUUGUGUUGAAAGACUGGUUGGGACAGUACCAUGGGUAAUCUACCUCUGUUCCUUCUGAGGAUUGUUUCAAAGACAAAACCACAUUACAACUGUAUAUUUGUACUGUAUCAUCAAAUGUGUUCAACCUUAGAUAGUAAGAUGUUUACAGAUUUUUUUUUGCUUGCAUUUUUGUUUUCCUCCUGCAUUCCUGAGCAGGUGAAGUUUUGAUUCUCUUUUUGAAAAAUAGAGUAAGACAGCCCUACAAACAGGUAAGAUAGGUAGGCAUGAGGCAGCUUGCAGGUGAUACUUGAGCAAACUGAAACAAGUUGUACUGGUCCGUGGCUGAGGGAGGUAAAUUGUACCGCAUCCUAUAGCUUGGUGAUUUUAUAUCUUGGUUUAUGCAAGAGUAGAUUUGGGAAUGCUGUAACUUCUGGCAUUUAACUUCAGAGCCUGCAUUCAGAAGUUUUGUAAGGAAAUGGAGCCAAUUAAUAGGACUUGAUAAAACAGUGACAGUCCACGUGUUAAUGGACUCAUGCACUAUGUUUGGUUGGCUGACAAAAACUCUGGUCUCUGGUCCAUUUCCAGCUGUGAUGAGUAAUGUGGGACGAGCAGCUCCAGUUUGCUUUCAGAAAGCUAGAGAGAAGUCCUGACUAGCUUGGUGCUGGUUUGCUCCCAGAACUGAGGAGGUGGGGUGCAGUUCUUUCUGUUCAGUGGGAGGCUGCUGAAAGCAGAGCUUUUCACAGGCAGAUGCUGACAUGCUUCAAUGCUGAAUGCUUGGCUCACAGAUGAUAGAAAUUUCUUCUUGAAGGAUUGUUGCAACGCUGUUGUACUUCAGGUGCUGUGCUGUUUAAAAACAUUGUACAGCCAGGUUCAUGAGGUAGAAGUUGAAGGAGGGGUUUUAGGGAGAGCUAAGUAAAGAUGAGGUAUAUUUCUAAAUGCUUCUGCCUUGCCUAAGAUGUUUCCUUGGUUCCUUUUAGCUGUAUGGGUGGGAGGGCAAGCACUGCUGGGCAGUAGGAGUGACUGUUCAUUGGGAGUGUCAGCAGAAGCAGCAGUGAAACAGCCAUGCAGGAAAUGCUUUAAGGUAGUUAAAUACCCUUUCUCUGUGGGUCUAAAUAUGCAGCAGGAUAAGCAUUUAGAAAAUGUCUGCCUGUGAAGGACUGCAGCAUGGACAGUUUCCUUUGAUGCUUUGCAGGCUCUGUGAGAGAACCUGCAAGUAAUGUUUUUAUAUUUUAGAAACUAAGGGCUAUGUUCUCACCCGUGUGAACAGAGCAUGCUGUGGCUCUGCGAGGAACACCAAAUUCAUUUUGAUACAUUUUGUAUCAAUGGGAAACAGUGACACAAUACUUUUUUAGGUAAUGAUGGAUGCUGUUUUCCCUUGCAGUGCCUUAAUUUUGCUUGGAUGGUUUUCAGGGAAGGAUGCUGUUUUCUGUGAAUGGAAAAUCAUGAAUCUGCUACCUAGAAUAGAGGAUUAGUACAUAAUUAGGAGAAUUAUAGGAGUCAACAAGGAAUGGUGGUGUACUUGCUCAGGUGGAAUUUAAUGUGAGUGGUGAUUUAAAAAAAAAAGUUUUAAGUUUUACUUUGGGUUACAUGGUGAAUGAACUGUUAUAAUUUAGGCUCCAUCUGAAUUACUUAAAUUACCUGCUGGCUCUCCUCUCUCUCAUGCUGUCUUUGUUUUUAACUGUUCACUGAUCUUUAAAGGUGCAUCCAGCCCCCUUCUAUAGUACUGAGUGUAAAAGUGUGUAUUGUGUCCUCUUUGUCACAAUUUGGUUGUUUUGUACAUUAAUCUGAAGUGGAUAAAGACUUUGCAAUGCAAUUUUUGCUUAACUGGUCUGUGUGAUUUUACCUGAUCCCUUGAGUUGUUGCAGUUUGCAGCCUGUUCAUAAUGGUUUUUAAUACCAUGUUCCCAAUUACACAAUGCUUUUAACUGCCUCUGAGUUAGGAAAUAAAAAGAAUUAAGUAGACUAUGCAAAAAUUAGUAUCUGAAAAUAAUUAGGUAGAAGUAAAAACUAAAUUGUGUAAGGAAUUUUUUCAGGAGUUCUUGAUUUUUAUCUGCAAAAGUUUGGGAUUUAAUCUGUGAAACACAUAGUUAACUGGAUUAUUUUUAGUUUGCUUGUUUAAAUCAUCAUGUGCAGCCCAGGGCACAGGGGGAAAGUGCCUUUCAGGUGCCUGGGUUGCAAUCUGCUGGCAGUGUGUCUCAAACUCUCAAGGUAGAGGCAGGUAAGAUGCUGAUGGUGAAGUUCUCUUUGAAACUUGUGGCUGUGUUUGCCACCCUUUUGAGAGGGUGGCAGUUCCUGCAGUGAGUUUGUGCAAUGGGGAGACUGAUUUUAAGAAUCUGAAGCUCUGCAUAGGUUUGAUAAUUUUUCCCUGGGAUAGCAGAUAUCAGGGUGGUGCUUUUGCAUUUGAUGUCUGGGAGUAGAAAUGCUGUAGACUGGGAGCCCAGGUGGCUGAGCUGAGGAGUGCCUGUGCCGUGUCACAGGGCCUGUGUGCUCUGACUGGGACAGCCUCACAGUGCAGCGAGACACUAAUCAAGUGUUGAUUUAUGGUUCAAGCUGUACUCAACCAACUCGUAGACUGUAAAAUAUUGGGACAUACUAUAA